AUGGCAAGAAAAGGUGAAUUUCUUGCAAUUUUAGUGCUAUUUCCCAUGCUUCUCCUGCUUCGUUUCAAGACCAUUCAAGCAGCUACCUACAUUGUUGGAGAUGAUUUGGGUUGGACUUCAAUCGUUAGCAUGGAAGCUUGGCCUCAAGGAAAGACGUUGUAUGCUGGUGACAUACUUGUGUUCAUCUAUGAUGCAUCAUCGGAUAAUGUGGUCGUGGUGGAUCAACAAGGGCAUGAUACAUGCACAAUUACUGAGAAGGCUAUAGUUUUUCGUUCAGGACAUGAUCGAAUUCGUCUUUCUUUUGGAGCAAAUUACUUCAUAACUAGUAAUCAUGAUAAUUGUGCACUUGGUAUGAAAAUGGCGAUCAAUGCCACCACGCCGGCACUGCUACAGUGA